AUGAGUGGAAUUAAGCAUACUAUCACACAGCUGAAACUGCUGCUAACUCGGAUCCCCUUGAUUCUGAAAACGCUCAUCCUGCAUGGCAUUCACAUGUCCCCUGUGUCAGGGAAACAAGACCUGCGGACCGAGCUCAUCACUGUGGUCAUCCGCUCGUUCAUCACAGGUGAUGAAAGGAAAACAAUGACAGAGACACAGAAGAAUAGCAUGCGGGAUCCUGGGAUCCAAGGCCCUAUGUGGGUAUCCAAGAUCACCCUACCGCAGCCUGAGUUGGAUAUCCGCGAUGCGGUUCUCUAUGCAAUUCAAGAACUUGGAACCGGUCAGGAGACAUUAGAUGUUCCUGCUACCCAAACUGUUGAAGCCGAAUGGACAGGAUAUCGCCGUGGAGUCGAUAAGAAGGCUCCGCAGCCUGAUAUCUCCGAGGAAGAGAGAUAUCGCGAGUUGCGCAAGGAUGUCACGUCUGACAUGACCAUCCUUUAUCUCCAUGGAGGCGCCUACCUAAUGAUGGACCCAUGCACACACCGAGUGCCCGUAGCAACCCUGGCCCGUCUAACAGGCGCCCAGAUCCUGUCAGUGCGCUAUCGACUAGCACCACAGAACCCAUUUCCCGCUGCGCUGGUCGAUGCACUGACGGCAUACCUCUCACUCAUUCACCCACCCCGGGGCUCACUGCACGAGCCCGUACCAGCCAACAAGAUCGUCAUCGCUGGCGACUCGGCUGGUGGUAACCUGACUCUGGUCUUACUACAAACCCUCCUCACUCUGCGUCGUACCUCACGGCCCGUCACAUUCCAUGGCAAAGAAGUCAACAUCGAACUCCCAGCAGGUGUAGCCGGUAUCUCACCCUGGUGCGAUGUCUCACUCUCUAUGCCCUCGAUCAUCAGCUACCGAAAAUUCGACUACAUGGACAUCCGCCCCGGAGGCGUCGAUGAACCCGACUAUUCCAAACCUUUCACGCCAAUGCAUUUCCAGGCGGACGACAUAUGGCCCGCUUCCCCUCCCCGUUUGGAUACCUUCUGCAACGCAUCGAUAGUCAACCACCCCCUCGUCUCGCCGAUGGCCGCUUCUUCUGAUCUGUGGAAGGGUGCUCCUCCUGUGUUCAUCACUGUUGGCGAGGAGAGUCUCACGGACGAAGCCUUGAUUCUUGCGCGCCGAGUCCAUCGAGCUGGUGUGUCGGUUGUAGCUGAGAUGUUUGAGGGUAAGCCGCAUUGCCAUGGUCUACUCAUGCUUUCGACGCCGACGGGGAAGAAGUUCUUUGAGAAUUUGUCUGGGUUUUGCUCCGAUGCUGUUGCGGGAAAGGUAACACCAACUGGGUGUUUGACUCACCAUGGGUUUAAGUUGAGGAGUACACGCCAGAUUCCAUUGGAGAAGGCUUGUGAGGUCAGUGAUGAGGAGGUUGAAGAUCGGUUGCGCAGGAAUUUGAAUUGGAGGGUGGAGAGUGAGAAGAAGUUACAGAAAGAGUGGCACGAGAGGGCACGUUUGUGA